AUGGCACUCCCACUGAAGUCUGGGUGGAGCAUGCUCCGAACAAGGGCCUGUGCUAUUAUUCCCUCGGUGGAGAUGAACGACACGGGUCUUCCACUAGUGCAGGCAAACUUCCAACCAAUGACAGAGCCCUUACACACCUCAUUACAUGCACCCCCUGGAGGUGGUUCUAUCAGGGACAUAGUGCAUCUCGCCUGGCCAAAACUCUCCCUGGUAUCGAGCAUGUCACUGGUCAGAGCGAAUGCGCCGCUUCAAAAGCUCAACUUUCAUCACUGCCAACUCGAGGACCUCGCCCGCCACAAUCAUGCGCUGAAGAAAGAAGAUUGUGCCUUUCAGCAGGAAAUCGCGAUCAAGAACAAAUGUGCUUUCACAGCUAACGAAGUUGCUAAAGUAGAGCACGCUAAAGAGCACGCCAUAGAGCUCGCAGAAUGGAAGCCCGAGUAUCAAGAGAAGCACACGAGGUUUCGGCAGGUACUCGUAAAUCGCAAGCGCAAGCUUGAUGAGUCGAAUCAAGUCGCCCGGAAAGUUGGCCGUCUUCGCAAUAUGAACACGAUCCUCCUUCGCAUCACGACUCUACGGAACACGGAAUAUGUGGAUACCAAGGGCGAGAUGCAAGCGCUUCUCUGGAAGAGAGGUCUCGUUUGCAAGGUGAUUCCGAUUCCGAGCGCAAACAGUCCCUCGAGGUGA